AUGGUGACACCGGUGUCUCCAAAGAAGAGGACUGCCCCUAAGGGCAAGGUCCUGGCUCGGAAGAAAAAGAAGGAAGCUCCGGCGAUAUCGGCCGAAGAAACUGUUAUCAUUCAGUUUGUCAGUGCAGAUGGUUGGUAUAUGAAGGUCUCUGGUGCGAAGGAUGAGGACCUGCGAGAUGACAUAAAGGACACUGAUUAUUCCUUCGUGUUGAAUGAUAAUACCAUCCCUCAGCACGUUUCCGAGUACGACCUGUGA